GCAGAACUGCCUGCGAACUGGGAACUGGGAGCUGGGUCUAGAAGAAUUCUUACUCGGAGCCGAAAUACCAAAUACAAAGCUAUCCUUCAUCGGGACCCGCAGCAGUCGGAAUACUCGUCGAGAAACUUCGGGAUGGAACGCUGGCAUGAUCGCGUGGCGGUGGUCACAGGUGCCAGUUCCGGGAUCGGAGCUGCCGUGGCUCGCCACUUGGUGAGUGCGGGGGUCAUUGUUGUGGGUCUGGCCCGGCGGGUCGACCGCAUGGAGGCCAUUAAGGACCAACUGCCGCCGGAGCUGCAGGGCCGCCUGCACGCCAUCCACUGCGAUGUCGGAGAUCUGGACUCUGUGACGGCGGCUUUUGACUGGAUCGAGGAGCAGCUCGGCGGCUGCGACAUCCUGGUGAACAACGCGGGCUGCCUGAACCCCGGACAACUUCUCACCCUGGAGCUGGAGCAGCUGCAGCAGGUCCUGAACGUGAACCUCAUGGGCGUGAUCAUCUGCACCCGCCGCGCCUUUCGCUCCAUGCAGCAACGUGAGGUGGAUGGCCAUGUGGUGCUCAUCAACAGCCUCACGGGCCGCAACAUCAUCAAUCCGCCCGGUGACGAGCUGCAGGUGCUCAACAUGUAUCCGCUUACCAAGCACGGGGUUACGGCCCUGCUGGAGGUCCUGCGACAGGAGCUGCGCGGAUUCAAGACCAAGAUCAAGGUCACGAGCAUCACUCCAGGAGUGACCGACACGGAGAUCCUGCCCUCCGGCUACGGCGUUUUGCCGAUGCUAAAGCCGGACGACAUCGCCGCGGGCAUCAUGUACGCGCUGGGCACCCCUCCACAUGUCCAGGUGCACGAGCUGACCAUUAAGCCGCUGGGAGAGCCCUUCUAAGGCCGUCCCAGGAUGUUAUUGCGAUAAUGGUGAGAAGAUCGUGCGCAGCCAAUAAAGCGGCGACUGAAAUUGAA